AUGCAGGGAAGUGGACUGUGGGCCCUUUCAUGUGAGAAAAUUUGCAUCUGCACGGCCGGUGGAACAGAAUGUGCCGCACUACCCAACUCAAUCUGUGACCAGUUCAACAGACUGACAUGUGUGUGCUCUACCGCCCAAAGGUACCAGGCAAAACCCGAUAACAGCGGAUGUGAUUUCAAUUGUGGAACUCUCAUAAACCCCACAAAUGGAGCAGUUUCUACAACUGGUACAUUGCAGACUUCUGUAGCUACCUACAUAUGCAGUGCGGGGUACAAAUUGACUGGAGUGAGCACCAGAACUUGUGUCCUCGGCACAGGAUGGUCUGACGUAGCACCGACAUGUGUUGCAGGCAAGGUAGGAGAUUCCUGUGCAACAGUUACCAACUUAUGUGUGAACCUGAUCAACGCACCAUGUACAGGAGGCACCUGUACCUGUCUCAAUGGAUACACACAGAGCACUGAAUCUGAAUGCGUGGAAAUAAACGAAUGUGGUUCUUCUCCCUGCAAGUUCGGAGCGACAUGCAUCAACGGGAUAGCAAAAUUUACGUGCACGUGUGCUACUGGAUAUAAUGGAACUCAAUGUGAACUAAAUCCAAACGACUGCCUUUCUGUGCCGUGUCAGAAUGGAGGCGUGUGCACUGACGGACUUGCCGCCUUUACGUGCAGCUGUGCGGCCGGUUACACGGGAGCUACCUGCGCUACAAACAUCAACGAGUGUUCUUCAGCUCCGUGUCAGAAUGGGGCCUCUUGUAACGAUGGUGUCAACGGAUACACGUGUUCGUGUGUUGCUGGUUUUACCGGUAUCCACUGUGAGACAAACAUAAAUGACUGUAUAUCAAACCCAUGUAAGAACGGUGCCUCCUGCUUCGACGCCGUUAACAAGUACACGUGCAACUGUGCAGUUGGCUUCACAGGGACAAACUGUGACACAAACAUUGACGACUGCGCAUCUAACCCUUGCCGAAACGGAGGAAACUGUGCGGACGGAAUUGCCAGAUAUACUUGCACGUGCGCUGCUGGUUACACGGGAACUAACUGUGACACGAAUAUCGACGAAUGUGCAUCCACUCCGUGUAAAAAUGGCGCAGCUUGCACAGACGAAGUGAACGGUUACACGUGUACUUGUGUGGCAGGGUAUACAAGCACCUUGUGUGAGACAGAUAUCAAUGAAUGUUCCUCGAGCCCAUGCAAAAAUGGCGCCGCAUGCAACGACCUGGUGAACCUAUAUACAUGCAGUUGUGCACCAGGGUACACGGGACCUACUUGUGCUUCAGAUAUCGAUGAGUGUGCAGCGGCCACAUGCUUAAACGGUGGAUCAUGCAACGACGGCAUCAACAAAUUCACGUGCAGUUGCAAACCUGGGUAUACUGGAACGACAUGUGAAACAAAUAUCAACGAGUGUGCCACCGCUAUCUGUCAGAACGGAGGUUCAUGUGUGGACCAGGUGAAUUCGUAUAUAUGCAAUUGUGUGUCAGGGUACACUGGAACACACUGCGAAACGAACAUUAACGACUGUUCUCCGAAUCCAUGUCAGAACGGUGGCGCAUGCGCAGACCUUGUAUACGCGUACAAGUGUACUUGCCUUAAUGGCUACACUGGUAGCACAUGUGCGACAGAUAUCAACGAGUGUGCCACCGCUAUCUGUCAGAACGGAGGUUCAUGUGUGGACCAGGUGAAUUCGUAUAUAUGCAAUUGUGUGUCAGGGUACACUGGAACACACUGCGAAACGAACAUUAACGACUGUUCUCCGAAUCCAUGUCAGAACGGUGGCGCAUGCGCAGACCUUGUAUACGCGUACAAGUGUACUUGCCUUAAUGGCUACACUGGUAGCACAUGUGCGACAGAUAUCAAUGACUGCAGUCCGGAUCCAUGUGUAAAUGGCAUCUGCACAGACAAAGUUUUCGAUUACACGUGCGCAUGUUCUUCGGGAUACUCGGGCAAAAAUUGCAGCAUAGAUGUCAACGAGUGUCUGUCCAGUCCAUGUAGAAAUGGGGGCACGUGUACAGAUAUCGUCAGUGGAUAUUUUUGUAGAUGCGCAGCUGGAUACGAGGGUGUCACGUGUCAAACGGAUGCAAACGAAUGCCUGUCGUCGCUAUGCAGGACGGGGUCGACUUGUGUUGAUCGUGUCAAUGGCUACAUUUGUCAGUGCGCCCCUGGGUACACUGGGCAGUACUGCGACCAGGAUAUCAACGAGUGUGCCACCGCUAUCUGUCAGAACAGAGGUUCAUGUGUGGACCAGGUGAAUUCGUAUAUAUGCAAUUGUGUGUCAGGGUACACUGGAACACACUGCGAAACGAACAUCAAUGAGUGCGCGGGCCACACCUGUCAGAAUGGAUCCACUUGCGUGGAUAUCGUCAACGGGUUUACUUGCACUUGCGUUAACGGUUUCACUGGGGUAUUCUGCCAAUCAAACAUCAACGACUGUUCUCCGAAUCCAUGUCAGAACGGUGGCGCAUGCGCAGACCUUGUAUACGCGUACAAGUGUACUUGCCUUAAUGGCUACACUGGUAGCACAUGUGCGACAGAUAUCAAUGACUGCAGUCCGGAUCCAUGUGUAAAUGGCAUCUGCACAGACAAAGUUUUCGAUUACACGUGCGCAUGUUCUUCGGGAUACUCGGGCAAAAAUUGCAGCACAGAUGUCAACGAGUGUCUGUCCAGUCCAUGUAGAAAUGGGGGCACGUGUACAGAUAUCGUCAGUGGAUAUUUUUGUAGAUGCGCAGCUGGAUACGAGGGUGUCACGUGUCAAACGGAUGCAAACGAAUGCCUGUCGUCGCUAUGCAGGACGGGGUCGACUUGUGUUGAUCGUGUCAAUGGCUACAUUUGUCAGUGCGCCCCUGGGUACACUGGGCAGUACUGCGACCAGGAUAUCAACGAGUGUGCCACCGCUAUCUGUCAGAACGGAGGUUCAUGUGUGGACCAGGUGAAUUCGUAUAUAUGCAAUUGUGUGUCAGGGUACACUGGAACACACUGCGAAACGAACAUCAACGACUGUUCUCCGAAUCCAUGUCAGAACGGUGGCGCAUGCGCAGACCUUGUAUACGCGUACAAGUGUACUUGCCUUAAUGGCUACACUGGUAGCACAUGUGCGACAGAUAUCAAUGACUGCAGUCCGGAUCCAUGUGUAAAUGGCAUCUGCACAGACAAAGUUUUCGAUUACACGUGCGCAUGUUCUUCGGGAUACUCGGGCAAAAAUUGCAGCACAGAUGUCAACGAGUGUCUGUCCAGUCCAUGUAGAAAUGGGGGCACGUGUACAGAUAUCGUCAGUGGAUAUUUUUGUAGAUGCGCAGCUGGAUACGAGGGUGUCACGUGUCAAACGGAUGCAAACGAAUGCCUGUCGUCGCUAUGCAGGACGGGGUCGACUUGUGUUGAUCGUGUCAAUGGCUACAUUUGUCAGUGCGCCCCUGGGUACACUGGGCAGUACUGCGACCAGGAUAUAAAUGAGUGUCUGAGUCAUCAGUGCCAGAACUCCGCCACGUGCGUUGAUAAAGUGAAUACGUACACAUGCACGUGCAAAGCAGGCUACACCGGAACGCUUUGUGAAAUAGAUAUCAAUGAUUGCUCCCCAAAUCCGUGUCAGAACGGUGGCACGUGCACAGAUAAAGUCAAUGGAUAUACCUGCGCAUGUGCAGACGGAUAUACAGGAACAACGUGUAGUCCUGAUUGCGGAACAAUCGUGCCGGCUAUUUACGGAACCGUUAACCAUUCGGAGGGAACUCUUUACGAGGCAAAGGCAUAUUUCUCGUGCGAGACAGGCUACACACGCACUGGCUUGGCCUCUGUGUCCUGUCGUGCAGACCAAACGUGGAGUGGAUCCACGCCUACAUGUGUUAUCAAAGACUGUGGCACUUUGUCUAAGCCUCUGAAUGGUUCGGUAAGCUUUGUACCUAACACCGAGUAUCUAAGUCAGGCCGAGUUCGAAUGCGAUAUUGGGUAUUGUUACCUAAGCGGUAACAAAACCAGGACGUGCACAGACAGUGGAAGGUCCGCUGGCGUAUGGGCCGGCACCAGUCCUACCUGCGUGAUUAAAGAUUGUGGCCUAUUGACUGCCCCUGGCAACGGUACAAUAGAUACCCAGACCGGCACAAAAUAUCAAAGUGUCACUCUGUUCUACUGCAACACUGGCUUUGAUCUUAUUGGAGUUAUCUCAACCAAAUGCGGCGCAGAUGGAGUCUGGGAUUCCGUGAAACCCAGGUGUCAGAUAAAAGGUUGUCCAACGCUGACAGCGCCUUCUAAUGGUGCAGUAGACCUCUCUGAUGGACUGCUGUAUGAAGAUAUUGCAACGUUCAGCUGCAAUACUGGAUACGCUAUAGUUGACUGCGGACCGGUGGCCAACAUUACACAAGGAACGUUGACCUAUUCGCCUGCAAACAGUAAGCAAUACGGAUCAACGGUGUUCUACGAUUGUAAAGACGGGUACGAAAUAAAGGGAGUUUCCUCCAGAGUUUGUGAGGCGAAUGGACUGUGGAGUGGUACACAACCAUCGUGCGCAAUACUGAGUAAUGUUACAAGGAAGUGCCUGGAGGAUGGGAAGUGGCAGCUUCCAAAUUACAACUGUAUUAGAACUGCCGUGAACAACGUGCUUAUUGUGAACUUUUUCAAGUCUGCAAGUAAUUUAUUAGAUGACAAAAACAAGGGGUCCUGGCAGUCUAUGCAAGAAUCGAAAAGCAAUGGCGGAGAAAAGGUUUUAUCUUCAGUCGAUAAAUUAGGCGAAGCACUAAGGAAUAAAAUACAAAACGGAACCGAUGGAUUUAAUACUUCAACCACCAUUAUUGAAACAAACGUCGCCAUAGAAGUGAAAAAAGUAAAGAAGCAGGAUGUUAAAUUCCCUACAACCAGCAUUACCACCGAAAACUCAAAAGAUGACUGGGUUAAAGACUCGCAAAGCAGUAUUCGUCUUGACGCCGAAGCAUUAGGCAACACUGACGUCGUCGUGACAGCUAUAAUGUACAAGGAUAUGAAUGACAUAUUACCAGCCAGCUCGGAAGACAUCACUGUCUCUACAAAAGGCACAGUGUUUAACGGACCCGUUCUUUCGUUUUCCAUAUUUCCGAAGGUUGAAAAUCUAGAUCCGCCUGUCACGAUUGUCUUCAAACAUUCACAGACAAAUCUCUCGAGUGCCGCAUGCAGUUAUUGGAAAUUCGGAAGUGCCAACGUUACCGGAAAAUGGUCAAGUGACGGAUGUACUGUUCGAGAAUCAAACAAUUCAUUUACAGUCUGUGAUUGCAACCAUCUUACCAAUUUUGCUGUGCUUAUGAGUCCAUUUGUCGAAGCUGACUCGGAGUCCAUUCCACUUCGAGUUGUCUCGAUUGUCGGCAUUGGACUUUCUAUGUUGUGUCUGCUGAUAACUAUCCUGAUACACGUAUGCCUUUGGAGGUAUCUGAAGAGUGAAAGGGCAGUCCUCUUACUCAACCUCAGUAUUGCUCUGCUGUCCUCUUAUAUCAUAUUUCUGGCUGGAGUUGACCGAACAGAAAGCUCGAUUUUUUGCGCUGUGGUGGCGGCAUUGCUGCAGUACAUAUACUUGGUGGUAUUCUGUCUGAUGUUAGCUGAGGGUAUUGAACUAGCAGUGACAGUUCUGUAUGUGUUCGCAACAAGGUCUCGACUCCGGGUUCUAGUCGUUUCUGCUUGGCUUUUACCAGCGAUAGUUGUUGGCAUUUCGCUAGGAGUAACUAAAGCGGAAGGCUAUGGAAAUAAACAUUUCUGCUGGCUUUCCAUCUCCCGUGGUCUAAUAUGGUCUUUUAUCGGACCUGCCUUAGUCAUAAUAAUCUUCAAUAUUAUCUGCCUUAUACUGGUUAUAAAAAUAAUGUGUGGCAUGAAGUCAAUGGAGACGAAGACUUCUGCGGAGAAGAUAAAGACCAGUUUGCGUUCUCUGUGCGUGCUCGUGCCAUUGAUGGGCGUUUCGUGGAUACUCGGCAUCUUCUACAUCAACGAUGAUUUAUUUUUCAUGCAAUACCUGUUCGCAAUCUGCAAUGGGCUUCAGGGAGUGUUCAUCUUUAUAUUCCACUGUGUGCUUAACAAAACAUGUCAGUGCUCCUAUGAAUGUCCAGUAUUCUACAUGGUCCCCCAAAGGUAUUUCGUCUAA